AUGACUAUAGAAAAAUUCCAAAAGGAAGUAUCUCAAAGUAGUAACACUGGUCAAGUGUUGAUAGAGGAGGCUCAGUGCAUGGUUCCUGUGCUUCCCAGUCAUAGGAAACCAGGGUCAAAACCAGCCACUGUUGGCUCCUUCAGCUCACACGUGACAGGGUUUCCACGAAAACGCAAAGGAAGUGAUUCAGACCCAUCCCAGUCAGGAGUCAUGACAGAAAAAGUGGUGGAAAAGCUUUCUCAGAAUCCCUUUACCUAUCUUCUUUCAACAAGGAUAGAAAUAUCAGCAUCCAGUGGGAGCAGAGUGGAAGAUGGUGAACAACAAGUAAAAAUGAAGUCCUUCAGAGAAGCUCAUAGCCAAACUGAAAAGCGAAGGAGAGAUAAAAUGAAUAACCUGAUUGAAGAACUGUCUGCAAUGAUCCCUCAGUGCAAUCCCAUGGCACGUAAACUGGACAAACUUACAGUUUUAAGAAUGGCUGUUCAGCACUUGAAAUCUUUAAAAGGCAUGACAAAUUCUUAUGUAGGAGAUAAUUAUAGACCUUCAUUCAUUCAGGAAAAUGAGCUCAGACACUUAAUCCUUAAGACUGCAGAAGGCUUCCUAUUUGUGGUUGGAUGUGAAAGAGGAAAAAUUCUCUUCGUUUCUAAGUCAGUCUCCAAAAUACUUAAUUAUGAUCAGGCUAGUUUGACUGGACAAAGCUUAUUUGACUUCUUACAUCCAAAAGAUGUUGCCAAAGUAAAGGAACAGCUGUCUUCUUCAGAUAUUUCACCAAGAGAAAAGCUCAUAGAUGCCAAAACUGGUUUGCAAGUUCACAGUCAUUUCCACACUGGAAGGACACGUGUGUAUUCUGGCUCAAGACGAUCUUUUUUCUGUCGGAUAAGGAGUUGUAAAAUUGCUGUCAAAGAAGAGCAUGAAUGUUUACCCAAUUCAAAGAAAAAAGAGCAUAGGAAAUUCUGUACUGUCCACUGCACUGGUUACUUGAGAAGCUGGCCUCCAAAUACUGUUGGGAUGGAAGAAGAAAGGGACAAUAAGAAAGACAGCAGCAAUUUUACCUGCCUUGUUGCUGUUGGAAGAUUACACCCAUAUAUUGUUCCACAGAACAGUGGAGAGAUUAAAGUGAAACCAACUGAAUUUAUAACCCGGUUUACAAUAAAUGGAAAAUUUGUCUACGUGGAUCAAAGGACAACAGCAAUUUUAGGAUAUCUGCCUCAGGAACUUUUGGGAACGUCUUGUUAUGAAUAUUUUCAUCAAGAUGACCAUAGUAAUUUGACUGACAAGCACAAAGCAGUUCUACAGAGUAAGGAGAAAAUAUUUACUGAUUCAUACAAAUUCAGAGCAAAAGAUGGCUCAUUUGUAACUUUAAAAAGCCAGUGGUUUAGUUUCACAAAUCCUUGGACCAAAGAACUGGAAUAUAUUGUGUCUGUCAACACAUUAGUUUUGGGGCAUAGUGAGACUGGAGAAGCAUCACUUUUUCCUUGUAGCUCUCGAUCAUCAGAAGAAUCCUCUAGACAGUCUUGUAUUAGUGUGCCUGGAAUGUCUACUGGAACAGUCCUUGGUGCUGGCAGUAUUGGAACAGAUAUUGCAAAUGAAGUUCUGGAUUUACAAAGGUUACAGACUUCUUCAUCCCUUGAUGAUUCAAGUCCAACAGAUUUAAUGAAAGAUACUCACACUGUAAACUGCAGGAAUAUGUCAAAUAAGGAGUUGUUCCCACUAAGUCCUUCAGAAAUGGGAGAGCUAGAGGCUUCCAGGCAAAACCAGAGCACUGUUGCUGUCCACAAUCAUGAACCACUCCUCAGUGAUGGGGCACAGCUGGAUUUCGAUGCCUUGUGUGACAAUGAUGACACAGCUAUGGCCGCAUUCAUGAAUUACUUAGAAGCAGAGGGGGGCCUAGGAGACCCUGGGGACUUCAGCGACAUCCAGUGGACACUCUAGCAUUUGAUUUUUAACUCUAAAAAUGAGAAGCAUUUCAUUUACAAAAAAAAAAAGUCCAAUUCUUCAGUACUGUAUUGAUACUGUUUUUAUUUUUUAUUAAUGGUCUACCAGUUUUUAUAGGUUUGCACCUUACUCUCACAAGUAUGUGAGGAAAUGUGAUGUUUUUCUCCCAAGAAAACCAGAGGUUAUUACAGACCCCUUUACUCAGUGAACUGGCUUAAAAUCCACUAGUUGCCAUAUUUUUGCUAAAAUGUUUCUAACCAAGAAUAUCACAUACAUAUUAUUUUGGUUUUUAUUUUUUAUGCAGUUUGAGUUUGGGUAAUAUAAUAUAUUGACAUUU